AUGAACAAGAGGAAGAAUGAUGAGGAGAGGAAGCAGGAUGAGGAGAUGAAGAAGAGGAAGCAUGAUGAGGUUGAUGAGAUUAAGAGAAAGAAGGAUGAGAGGAAGGAGAGGCUGAUGAAGUUGGCCAAGAAGAGGAAGGAUGACGAGUUGGCCAAGAAGAAGGAGUUGGCCAUGAAGAAGAGGAAGGAUGAAAUGGCCAAGAGGAAGAAAACAGAGGUGGAGGAGGAGAAUAUUGCAGAGGUGGAGGAGAAAACUGCAGAGGUGGAGGAGGAGAAUAUUGCAGAGGUGGAGGAGAAGACUGCAGAGGUGGAGGAGGAGAAGACUACAGAGGUGGAGGAGAUUGUGGAGAAGGAGAUGAUUGUGGAGAAGAAAAAGGAGGAGAUUGUGGAGAAGAAGAAGGAGGAGAUUGUGGAGAAUAAGGAGGAUAAUGUGAAAGAAAUGUCUCCUUCACAAUUUAGAGGAAAAUCAUUUCGGAGAAAGAAGUCGAAAAAAUUGGAGGACUACACCGACCCUAGUGAGAAAGGGUUUAAACUUAAUGAUCUGGUUACAGUUAAUCCUAUGUUACAAUAUGACGAGGAAAAGAUGAAGGAAUUGAAGAAAUAG